AUGUUGCAGCAAAGGUGUCAGUACCCAUGGGUCUCAGAACCAGUUAAGAUUUCUGAAUACUACGAUAAUUUUAAACAAAUGUUGUCGUCAUUGUUACCGAACACGCAAAGUCCAGAAGUGUCGCAGGAGAUGGAAGAAAAUGUGAAACAAUUGCAGAUAAUGGGAGCGAAUAUCACGCUGGAACAAUUUCGUCAGUUGGACGCAGAGUGUGAUCCUCAAUUACUGGAUUUUCCUGACGAACCUCCCAGUGUUAAUGUUGAUUUAAUAAAAGCCAAACGUGGGCUCUUUGAUGGCUCGAAAGCACCUAGAUAUGUUCCUUUGGCCACACUUUAUCACGCUAAAGAAAAGGAUGUUGAAAAAGAAAAUCCUGCUUAUCUGAAGUAUACUGGAACUAUUUGGCUGGAUGACAAAAAAGGCCAAGGAAGAGACCUUAAUCCUGGCGAUGACAUCCUGUUAAUCAUUAGAGUGUAUGAACCUUUCUCAUCCGUUUCUGGCUCUCGGAAAAUCAGGCCAAUCACUUGCAGCCAUGAGAUAGCUGUUCUGGGCAACCAAACUCUUGAUAAACUUAGAGAUAAAAUCAUGUGUCCAUCUGGGUUGGCAGUCGAUGGUGACCUUAGUGAAAAUCCUGAGAAGAGCUCGGAUAAGGUUGCAAAGGAAAUUUAUAAAUCUGGAUUUUUCUUCUUUGAAGAUAUAUUCUAUAAUGAUUUUCGUCAUGAAAAUAACAUCGAUUACAGUGCUGUUAUUAGAGAAUGGGCAGAAAGAAAGAAAAUUGGUAAUUUUGGAACUGCAGUAAUGGAAGAAACUGCAUUUAUGGAUCUGACUGUUCGUUUCGGUUUUCCUUAUGUGUAUCAGCACUUGGGAAAUUGUGAACAUCUGAUAGUAUUCAGUGAUGCCAGGCUGUUGCAUGCUGAUGAUUUCUUAUGUACAUCAGAUUAUCCUCGUUUUUUGACAGUAAAUGCACGAAAAUCAAAGUAUUGUAUGGUAUGCAAGUUCUAUAGUGCAAGGUGGGUCACAUUGGAUAACAAACGUGUUCCACAUGAUCCAUGCUUUUUUUGUGACAUAUGUUUCAAGUCAUUCAACUACAGGGAUGGUGAGAAGAUUGGUUCAUUUAGAGCAUAUCGUUAUCAUGACAGAGCUAGCAUGAUCCCAAUAAGCAAUGUUUUCCCCCAUAUGUACACACAUAUUUUUUAUUCAGAAGAAGAAGGUCUUAGUCAGGACUUUGACUACCAGCUGCCAUGCCCCAAAAUGAGGAAUGCCCUUUCCAAUAACUUUCAUAAUAGUCAUCCUUCAGAAACUACUACAAUAUCUCACAGCAGAUCUGUCACUGGCAGUUUCCUUUCCAAGGCCACCAGUAAAAACAACUGGGUUAUGUAUCAACAUCAUGAAAAAGUACGUGAGAAGCAGCAUGUCAAAAUAUGGUGUCUGAUGGGGUGGCUGUGGAUUUUAGGUCCUUGA